AUGACGAUGAAUGGUUAUUCGAAGGGCAAAGAAAAGGAGAAGGACCGAUAUUUACCUGCGAGGAGAAGGGGAGGAGAAUCGGGGAAAUGGCUCGAUGUGGUGGCAUACGGAAGUUCUAGCGCCCUGUUGGCUUUGAUUCUGAAAUAUGCUAUCUCAGGUCAAUACUGGAAUUUGAACUUCUUCUUACUGGCGCUUCAGUCAGGAACUGCUCUCGCAGUGAUAUGGUUAUUGAAAAGGGGCGGGUAUCUCAAGGAAUUAGCAGGGCUAGAGUUCCAAAAACUGAAGACUUGGCUUCCACUAGCUGUACUACUCCUCGUCUCAAAUUACAUAUCUUACAAAGCGCUUCAAUGUCUUUCAUUACCUACGUACAUACUCCUUUCUACUACGACCAUUUUCACGGUCCCCUACGUCGACAGCAUUCUGUUCGGGUCACCGAUUCCUCCGUUCGCAUUUAAAUCCUAUCUCCUAAUUUUCUCCGGCAUAAUAAUCUCAGUCAUUGCGGAAAACGCGCAGGCAGAAGCCAGCUAUGGAGACCGCCGACUCGAACAAACAUUGGAACCUCAAGACCCUGUCAUGAUAUUAUUUCUUGGAUAUAUUUUCAUGCUCAUACAUCUGUUAUUGUACAGCACAUAUGAAGCAUGGAAGGCAAAGAUUGUGCCGAAUCUCAAAUUUGGUCAAUGGGAUAUUUUCCUAUAUAAUCAUGUGCUUAUAUUUAUCAUCGCGUCAGCGCUCUCCUUCUUCAUCGAGGAUUUCUCUGACGAGAACAUGAACGAUUGCUUCCCAUCUUCGAUACGGACAUCGACUAUCUGGGCUAUAAUUUAUACCUGCUUCGGAACCUUCCCUGUAAUAUUCUAUUCCGCCGCAAUUGUUCGAAAGUCAUCGUCAAGUUUCCAUGCGAUUGUUGAAGCUUCAAGUAAAAUGGCAAUAGCCUUGCUAGGAAUGUACAUGUAUUCGAAUCCAAUAAACGUGGGCAGUGUAUCCGCUAUAGUGAUAGGAUGCUCAGGCGGUAUUUUGGGGGCGUGGUUAGAAGGAAAACAGCAGCAGGAUGCGAAGGAAAAACGGGUGUUACCUGUUUGA